AUGGAGCAACUAACUCAUCGUCUGUCAUGGACGUUGAAAUAUCCUUCUAAAAAUAGAUGGAAUACUUUCUUAAACGGAUCCCUGCCUUCAGUCAAUGGUCUCGAUGUCACUGAUAAUUCCCUGCUAUUCACAAAUGAGCAAGAUGAAGAAAUAAACACCUAUCAAACAUUUCGAGAUUAUGCAACAAUAUCACAUGUAAUUCUAGCUAUUGGACCAUUAACAAGUGCAUUCGUAACCAUUGGCACUGGUAUAACCCAUAAAAGUUUAUCUAUUAUUAAAGUAUCAUAUAAGAAGACUUCUUUAGUAUUCAACAGUUACUAUCUUCCAGAUUAUGACAACACAUUAAUUAUUUGUAUUGAACAUGAACCUAAAUAUUUGUGCUAUCAACACAAGUAUAUCCUUUGUAGAUACCUUCAACGUGUUUUUUGUCAUAAUGAGGAUUUUGAUAAGGAUAAAAUUACUAUUAAAGAUAUUAAUGUACUAUGUAGUCGUCCAGUUACUCAGUAUUCUAAAUUGAAAACACCUCCCCCGUUUAUUAAAUGUAUACCAACUUAUUCCGGAUUAAGUAGUCGAUUUCCAAAGCUGGAAGAACCGACAAUUUUGACAGGUUUACCAGCUGAAGCGCUGAAUUGGUUCUAUUUUAAGUCAUUACCAGUCAAUGUAUAUAUUGUAUUUUAUUUACCACACGUUAGUGUCUGUGAAUGGUCUGCAGUAAAAGAGAUAUUCAACAGUCUAUUACCAGUUGGUAUUGAAAUUAUGCAAAAGCAGUUUUCAUCCAACAAUCAGUGGGACAGUAAUUUAUUAAGUGAAAAACUCAAGGAAAUGUGUAUUACUGCAGUUUGCAAUAGUGAACGUGCAAAGACAGACCAAAUGUAUACUUGA